AAUAUAGUUUAUUUUUUGUCAUAGUCUUUGCUUGGUGCACAAGCAAGUCGAAGUGUGUUGCGACAGGCACACACACAAAGCUCGUGACACCGCUGUGCUGGCUGGCAGUGGCGAUGGCGAUGCCGGCGUCUUGCCCUGUUCUUGAGUUUGUGGACGAUCAGAGCGAUAGCAUCGUCACGGACUUGGCGUACGACUACCACGGCAGACGACUAGCCUCGGUGUCGGCCGACGGUGUGAUUCGAAUACGGGAUCUCGACGACAACGGCGUCUGGUGCGUCGAAGAAGGCUGCGAGAUCAAGUUGGCGCAUCAGGGUACCCUUUGGAAGGUGGAUUGGGCGCAUCCCGGCUUCGGGAAGCAGCUUCUGGCGACGUGCUCGCAGGAUAGAACCGUCAAGAUAUGGGAGGAACACAGCGAGGCUGCCCCCGGGCACGAGCGAAGCGGGAUGGGGCUGUCGAGAGGGGCGCCGGCGCGCUGGAUAGUCGCGACCACCCUGAAGGACAGCCGCUACGGCGUCGUGGACGUCAAGUUCGCGCCGCGUCACCUGGGCUUGAGGAUAGCGUCCGCCUCUGAGGAUGGGCACGUGCGGGUGUACAAGGCCACGGACCUGUCUUCGGUCAGCGGUUGGAAGAUGGCACCUAGGCCCUUUGUGCCGUGUCCCGAUGGCCUGGGAGUGACGUGCAUCUCUUGGUGCAGCUCACCCUUCCUGAAGCCGCUGUUGGUGGUGGGCACCAUGUCGGGCUUGGUUCAGAUCUGGCUCAGCGACGGCACGACGGAGGAGCUGGGGAAGUGGUCCAAGGUGCUCGACCUGCCCGAGCACGGAUCACGGGGCGUAUCCUCCGUGAGUUGGUCGCCACAGUUUUGCACCACGUUCGACCGCAUCGCCUCGUGCGGAGGGGACGGGCGGGUUCGGGUGCACCGCUUGGAGCGGCGAGAUCUUGCGGAGGCGGCCUGGGCCAGCACGCAGACAGCCCACCUCAAGGACGAGAAGGGAGAGACGGAGGGGGUGGCGUGGAGCGCAGAGUGGGACGUGAACGGCUCCGCGCUUUGUUCGACGGACGGAAACACCUGCCGCACGUGGAUAUCCGAAGGCGACGGCGUCAGCAACAACUGGUGCUGCACCGAUGUCUUCCAGGAGGUCGGCGUCGCCGGCACGGACAGGAAGACCGCGAUGGAUCGGUACGAGGAGGGUUCGGCAGCGGCACCUCCGGCGACGGUCCCCGAGAUCUUGGAAGGCUGAUCGAGAAAUUAAUUCGAGAAUGAAUGCUGCUGCUUGCUUUCGGGGAGGGCUGGCUGCAGCUCUAGCGGCCUUAGAGCUGGGUCUCGGUCUGCCUGGCUUGUCGUAACAUAUACUGCUACACCGCACUACUUCGAAGUAAUAGUUUCAUUUCACACUGAGAAAAAACGGUUCGACCCUACAUGACCAAAGCUAUAGUACAUGUAUUAGCGUUGGCCUGUAAUUUGGAACUAUUUUGUCUGUUUGUUUCUAUGCAUAUGAGAAGUUGGCAAGUCUUUACUCUGUCUACAUGCAGCAGUAUGUAUCUACCACAUCAGGUAGGGUGUUAGUGUGGUGCAGGAGCGAGCGGCUGUGGUCAAGUUUCUCACGCCAUUUUCGUUUUGAGAACCUCAGCCUGCGUGUCUCGUGAUGAAUGAAUGUGUACUUACUUAUCAAAGUACUCUGCGUUUUAGAGUCGCCCGGGACGUCGCCCGUGC